UGAUGAUAAAAACAAUAUCUAUUGAUUUCACUCUGAUGAUCGUACUGAUUGCAUUGGGCAGUGGACUUUGCGGAAAUGCCUUGAAGUGCUGGAAGUGUAUUGCGCAUGACUGCGAGAAUGACCCUGAAGACAACUACAAGGCGAGUAAGGUCACGUGCGGUGAAGAUCAACAAUGCAUGAAAGUCCAAUACCGGAUGUUCGACAACAUAACGCACUACGAUUCCGUCAUCCGCACUUGCACCGACCGACAAUGUGACGUUACGACGGACGAGGAGUUCUCUAGGUGCGUAGCCACGCCCAAGCAGUACAUGAUUGGUGGAUGUAUUCUGAGGUCCUGCUGUGGGGAUAAGGACCUCUGUAAUUCAGCCGACAUAGGAACAGCUAAAAUCUGGAUUGUUUGUGCUAACAUUGUUUUAGGAAUUAUACUGCUGUCACUUAGCAACGUUAUAGCUUUGGAAACAACUUAAUGGGGUUACUUUAAAGAAAAUCAAUAUUAAAGGCUCAAACGUUACAUGGCUAAUUUGCCUAAAUAAACAACCGUGACCUAUCAGUUUUAUAUAUAUAUAUAUAUAAUAUAUGAACCAUCCUUUAAACAAAUAAACAUGUUCGCAUAAAUUAUAACAUGGUUCGCGAAACGAAUUCUUACAGUGUAUGGACAACACUAAUGCAGGAGUAUGAGCUACUAUGUUUAUGUCAUAUACCUGUUCUAUGUUUCGAGCAUGCUUAAUUAGGUUGUACAUUGUCUUCGUAAUAUAUUUUUGAAAAUUACACGAUCAUGCAAUACAACAGAAAAACGCUGUUCUGUUUAUAACUAUUCCUAUAUGCAUUUGCAA